GCUACCUUGUCACCUACUGUAGGUACAUACGAGCGCACUUACCGGCUCCAUGGGGAUGGAAAUGACGGAAGGUCCCUCAACUUGCUCUGUCCAUUUUGUUUAAUGACGAUUAGGAAGUGAAUAACUCAAAACUUCCAACAAUAAGCUUUACCCUUUAAUUAAAUUGACUUUAACAGGAUUCUUAGCUUGCUAUUGCAUCACUGAAUUCAAUCACUUGCUAGCAGAUGCCGUGCCUCCCACACCCAACUGAUCGUUAUGGCGACGCCACCAACGAAGCGUCGGAAACGAAACAUCGUCCAUGGUUCUUCCGACGAUGAACAAGAGUCAACACCAAAGACAAAGACAAAUGUUCUGUCUCGGUACCUUUACUCAUCUCCUGAAAAUCAGUCUACUACCACUACCGAUGCAUCUCGAGCGGCACCCCCGUCGCCGAGUCCUGUAAAAAGGACCUCUCGAUUGCUAGUUUCCCAACCUUCAAAGCCGGUAUCGCAACCUCUACAAACGAUCAACAAUGGACUCAAGAGCGCUAGUACAAGCCCUGAGAAACCUAAAACCCGAUCGUACACGAAGGGGAAAAGGGCUGAAAAGGAGAAGACGGCUGAUCUCGUGUCUAUGUUCUCGAGACAAGCGCAACGGGCAUCAACCGCGUCGCCGUCAAAAAGAAAUGAAAUCAUACAUGACCUAAUAUCCGAUGAUAUAUCCGACGAUGAUGAUGUAGGAGAAUAUAGGGCCGCAGUAACCAGUCGAGUUGGCCAGAAUGCUCGUAAGCGCCAACGAGAUAAUUCUCAGUCCUCCAGUGGUCUACCCGUCAUGUCCAGCCAGAAAUUUCUUAAACCACCUCGUCCCCGGCAAGAUCCAAUUCCUGAGGUAGGUCAACGGCCGUGGUCCGAACGCUUUGGGCCUGUAAACUUGGAAGAACUCGUCGUGCACAAAAAAAAGGUAGCAGAUGUUCGCCGUUGGCUGGAAGAGGUUAUGGCUGGACGUAUGCGCCAGCGAUUACUUAUACUGAAAGGUGCAGCUGGAACGGGGAAGACUACCACGGUUCGACUCCUCGCUCGGGAUAUGGGCUACGAGCUUCUCGAGUGGAGGAAUCCUGCUGGUAUGCUGGGCUCAAAUCAGGGGUUCCAGUCAGCUUCAGCACAAUUUGAAGAAUUUAUGGGAAAAGGUGGGAAAUUUGGUCAACUAGACACUGAUCUUGAUUCAGCUCCUCCAAGUCUUGGCAAAGGUGAUAGUAGUGACAAAACGAAGAAGAUCAUCGUCAUUGAGGAAUUUCCUAAUACCUUUACUCGUUCAUCGACGGCUUUAACUGCUUUUCGAAACACCAUACUACAAUAUUUAGCCACGAAUACUCCUUCUCUCGCUACGUUUGGUCGUCAGGUCUCUACAGCCCCUAUAACACCUAUCGUUAUGAUCAUAUCGGAAACCCUUUUGACCACUACCUCAGCAUCUGCUGAUAGCUUUACUGCCUAUCGGUUACUAGGACCUGAGAUCACUCGGCAUCCUGGCAGUUGUAUCAUUGAAUUCAAUGCUGUUGCGCCUACUUUACUUGCGAGUGCGCUCGAUCUAAUAGUACAAAAAGAAGCCCGUAAAUCUGGUCGGCGGCGAACUCCAGGGCCACUUGUACUAAAGAGAUUAGGCGAAAUAGGGGACAUCAGAAGUGCAAUCUCGUCACUCGAGUUCCUUUGUCUUAAAGGGGAUACGGACGCAGACUGGGGAUCUAAGGUUACCUUCACAAAACCUAAGCGCGGGGCUAAAAAUGCGGUUUCGCUAACUCCAGGUGAAGUCGAGAGCCUAGAACUUGUUUCUCGACGAGAGGCAACUUUGGGUAUAUUUCAUGCCGUUGGAAAGGUGGUAUACAACCGGAGGGAUGAGCAGCCGAUGAGUCGGGAUACACCUGAAGGUCAAGCUGAAAUACUGCCUGAUUAUUUGGCUCAUCGUGCCAGGCCCAAACGGUCUGAGGUAUCCGUGGAUAGCCUCAUGGACGAAACUGGCACUGACACACAUACCUUCAUCUCAUCCCUUUAUGAAAAUUAUGUCCUUUCUUGCCAGUCAACAGGGCCCGCCGAUCCAAAUAGCCCACUUGACUAUAUUAACGAUUGCAUCGAACACCUUUCCGAAAGUGAUCUAAUGGCACCGUCAUCGGAUAUAUUUUUCCGUGGUCAGGGGUUCGGGUCGUCGUCGACAUUUGCUGGACGAGACUCCGCUAGCCACGUGCUGAGACAGGAGGAAAUUACUUUCCAGGUAUCCACGAGGGGGCUUUUAUUCUCCCUCCCAAAUCCAGUCAAACGAAUGACGAAAACAUCCGCACGGAGUGGUGGCGAUGCUUUCAAGAUGUACUAUCCCACAAGCCUCAAGCUAUGGCGGGAAAAGGAAGAGCUAGAAGGCGUCCUUGACAGUUGGGCAUCAAAGCUGCUAAGAGGAGACGAAGGUGGACAUGAUAUCACGCAGGGCGCUUCCGCAUUCAUGCGGCCUAAGCCCAUGGUAGCUGAUGCUGGCGAAGGACCAAGCAACCAACAGAGAUCUCGGUACGGCGGUACUCUACCUAAACGGACCGAACAGGAUCAAGAAGCAGCACCACCGCCACCGCUACUCUUUCUCGGAAACUCAGCUCGCAGAGAACUGCUACUGGAGCGGCUGCCAUACAUGGCACAAAUAGCACGCGGUCGAAGAAGCGCCGUCGGCGCCGCCCGGCUGCGGGAUAUCGAAAAGGUUGUCUCGUUCUCCGGGAUCGGUGGGGAUGUCGCUGCAGACGAGGAGGCGCUAGAUGGCGGAGACGACGAGCAGGAGGGCGAGGCCUGGGCUACGGAUAAGCCGACGGAGGAAGGGGGAGGAGCCUCGCCGCGGAAGAAGCCCCGUCUCGGCGGUAGUAUACGGCAGAAGAGGAACGAGGACGCGACGGCGACGGCGGACUUGCCAUCGGUGCAGAAACUUGUGCUGAGUGAUGACGAUAUUGAGGAUGAUUGAUGUUCAUCAUCUCCCACUUUGCGCCUCUCCCUCUACUUGGCUUGUGUGGAAGUGUGUAUGGAUCGGGUCAAGUGUUGUGUACCUACUGUAUGAUAAGAUAAAUCCGGAUGGGGACACAAAAGGGGUGGCUGACUGACAUAGGUGAAUACCAACCUAAGUCUAGCAGGAAAGGGAGGCUGGCUGGCUGGCUGGCUGGCUGGCUGGCUAGUAAGCUCAGAUGUGGGAAAGUAGGUAGGUACCCAGUGUAUCUCAAAUGUACUAUGUAGACCUCAAUAGCUACUAGGUAGGUAGAAGUGGUAAGAAUAAUAGGUAAACAAUCCACAAUUAUCCACAUGCCUACCUACCUACCUACCUACCUA